AUGCAAUACUCUGUAAUAAACAGCAGUAACACUCAACCACAUCCAACGCGGAAAACAGUCGCGCUACCAAAGAUCGAAUUACAAACCUUUUCCGGUAAUGUUUUAGAAUGGGCAAGUUUCUUUGAUAUCUUCAAGUCAUCCAUUCACUCUGACACUACCUUAGAUAACAUUCAAAAGUUUGUUUAUUUACGAAGUAUGUUGAAAGAUGAAGCUGCAAGAACUGUCGGCGGUUUGACGCUGACGGAUGCUAACUACUCACACGCAAUCGAGCUACUAGAGGAAAGAUACGGACAAAAGCAUCAAAUUAUUGACGCCCAUAUGACUGCGUUAUGGAAUCUAAGUAAACCCGUGGAUGACGCGAACAGUUUGAGACACUUCUAUGACUCACUCGAGAGUCACGUCCGAGGACUACAAUCGUUAGGGAAGGAUGAGCUUACCUAUGGCGAACUUUUAGUUCCUAUGAUAAGAGAGAAACUACCUCCAAGCAUACGCAAACAGAUUGCCAGAGAUCAUGGUAGUUCAGCCUGGACCUUACCUGACCUACGCAAAGCAAUUCUACGUGAAAUAGACACACUGCAAGCCGGUAAGCCAAUAGACGGUUUAUUCACCAUGAAUGAUACAUUGCAGCCGGAAUUAACCGCUGCGUUUCACACAACAGCACAGUCAACGAAAAAGAGACCGCAAACUUGUCCCUUUUGCAAGGGUACGCACUUCGCAUCGAACUGUACGAUAAUUACUGAUACACGUAAGAGACUGGACAUUGUUAAGAAAGAUCGACUUUGCUUCAAUUGUUUCGGUAAGCACAGAGUUUCUGAGUGCAAAUCGAAAUACUCGUGUCGCGUCUGCAAGAAACGCCAUCAUACCGCUCUACACUACGACGCGAACAAGCCUGAACGGUCAUCUACAUCGUCAACUACUACUUCUGAAAUCACCGUGACCCUGACCAAAGCUAACCCUUUGCUAAAUAAGAAAACCGCCAUCGGACCCGUGCUGUUGAAAACCGCGCUUGUGCCGAUAUCAGCCGGGAACGGAAAUCCUAUACGCGCUGUUGUUCUUUUCGAUGAAGGGGCAAAUAUGACAUUCACAACAGAGAAAUUUGCCCGAGAGUUGUCCGCGAAAACGACACGCCGCGAGCACAUCAAACUAUCAACAUUUGGCGACAAAACGUCCAAUGUACGCGCCAUGGCAUUCACUGAGUUAACCGCACAUGAAUUGAAUGGAAAUACCUCGACGAUCGACGCAAUGAUUAUACCUGAAAUAUCUUCGGACUUGACUAAUCACAUUUCCCAGGAAAUUCAUAACAUGAGCCAUUUGAAGGGAUUACAUUUCGCUCAUCCAGUUUCUGAUGAUGAGAAACUUCCUAUUGAUAUAUUAAUAGGGGCUGAUCAAUAUUGGAAUUACGUUGGAUCUCAAGUAAUUUCUGGUAUGGUCGGUCCAACCGCCGUUUCCUCCAAAUUUGGAUAUUUGCUCUCCGGGCCCUCUGGAACUACUAAUACAGUGGAUUCUAAUGUACGUAUGCUUCACGUGAUUUCCACUCCGGACAAUUAUGUUACCAAAAAUACUAUUGUAACGGAAAAUGGCCGCGAAAUUGUUGAUAACGUGGAUAUUCAAUAUACUAGCCGAGGAGACGACGCAAAAGUCCAAAAUGUGUGGGACUUGGAACUAAUUGGAAUUAAAGAAAGUCCGGAAACUGACAAACGUAUGAGCUACGAAUCGUAUAAAGACACACAUCUGAGGGUCGACCAAGGAAAAUACGUCGCACGACUACCAUGGAAAGAGGAUCACCCACCACUGCCGACGAACUAUAGUGUUACUGUGAACCGUACACGUAACAUGAUUCGCCGACUAACACCCGAUGUAAUCAAAAAGUAUGAUGACAUCAUCGCCGAGCAACGACGUCGUGAUUUCAUCGAAGAAGUUAACGAAGACGAUACAAGUAUCGGACACUAUUUACCGCAUAGAGCGAUAAAAAAGGACUCGGCAACUACACCCAUUAGAAUUGUGUAUGACUGCAGUUGUAGUCAGGGUGCUAGCUUUCCGAACUUGAAUGACUGUCUACAAACCGGCCCAUCGUUGAUAAACCUACCUGAUCUACCAGCCAUUCUACUACGAUUUCGCUCAAAUAACAUUGCAUUAACGAGUGACAUUGAAAAGGCCUUUCUGAAUGUUAGAUUGGAAGAAGACGAGAGGAAAUUCACGAAAUUUCUGUGGCUGUUAGACGCGUCUGACCCAGAAG